GAAGCCGACGGAUGACAUUUCAAAGUGUUUGCGUGUGGGGUGUAAUGAAAUUGACUCAUAAACAUCAGAAUCUCGGCUCUAAUCGCAUUUAUUCAGUUUAGUCAUCAGAAUUGUUCAGCAAAACGAUAUUUCCUGUGAUUCGAAUUGGAGCAGAUAGCGGAAAAAGGCGUGAACACAGUACCAAAAAAAAGAGUGAUUCGUUCAACAGAGAGAAAGCGAAAAUAGUGUGCUGAUUGAAAAUGUCGACAACAUUGAAGCCGUAUUUGACUGCCGUUCGUCAUACACUGACGGCGGCAAUGUGUUUGACGAAUUUCUCAUCGCAAGUGGUCGAGCGUCACAAUAAGCCGGAGGUAGAGGUGCGAACCAGCGAAGAGUUGAUUCUAACACCGGUCGUCAUAUCGCGCAAUGAAAAGGAACGCGUCUUGAUCGAGAGCAGUGUGAAUUCGGUGCGAAUUUCGAUUGCCGUCAAACAGGCCGAUGAAAUUGAAAAGAUUCUAUGCCACAAAUUCACGCGAUUCAUGAUGAUGCGCGCUGAAAAUUUCAUCAUUCUUCGCCGUAAGCCCAUCGAAGGCUAUGACAUUAGCUUUUUGAUCACCAAUUUUCACACCGAACAAAUGUACAAGCAUAAAUUGGUCGACUUUGUGAUUCAUUUCAUGGAGGAAAUCGACAAAGAAAUCAGCGAAAUGAAAUUGGCCGUCAAUUCACGUGCUCGUAUCUGUUCCGAAGAGUUUUUGAAACGUUUCUAAACAGACCAAAAAAAAAAAACGACGCAUCAACAGGUCACAAUUCGAAACAACAACAAUUUAUCAUAUUUCAUAAACAUGUUCACGGCUGAUUACACGUCAUAACUUUUCUCUUUUUUUUGAUAACAAAAAAAAAUCCGCAUUUUUUUCCACCAAAUUGUCAUACGGUGAUUCGGAACACAAUGUUCAACAAAGAAAAAUAAAACACAAAUUUCGUCUAAUUAAUUGCCAGUAGAUCGAUAAGUUAAUCCAUUGCAAAUUAUUAGUUUAAGCAUAUUCUAUCGAAAUUGUAUUGAAACGAAACUCAAUUGUUUAUACAUUAAAAAAUGAAGAAAAAAAAAACAAACAGUGGUUUGAA